AUGACAGUUACACGCACUCAGGCGGGCAAAACGCCCAAGAAAACAAUUCAUCCCGGCUAUGUCGAAACCCCCGGCACAUUUGGAAAGCCACGAUCGCGAAAAUCCAUGAUAGCGACCGAAGAUUCUGACGCUCAGGAUUCUUCAACCGGCCUUGAAGAUGAUAUCGUUCCGGUCAGGCGAGCUCCGAGAAGCAUUCGAAAAGCAUCUCGUCCUGUCGAAGAGAUAACUCCGGAAACAAUGCAUGGAUAUGCCAAUGGACACGUCAAACCAAAAGAGAAUGGAUACACGGACAAGGCAGGCAACGGGACUUCAGUCUCUUCGGAAAAAUUGGUAGACGGCUGGCGAAAAGGAAUGGACCCCAAGGUCGAUACAUCCGGCCACUUCGAGUUUGGAGGACCAUGGGGAGUCACGGCCAUGAUGAUCGGCUUUCCACUUCUGAUGUACUACAUGUGGAUUGGCGCGACAUACUACGACGGAAAAUUCCCGACACCCAGAGAAGGGGAGACUCUGCAGGAAUUCUUCCAAGGCCUGUUUCGCAUGGCCUACUACGGCGCAUGGCCAUCAGCCAAAGCCUGGGCUAUGUACUGGACCUUCUUCAUCUUUGAGGGUGCUUGCUAUUGUUUGAUGCCGGGGAUUUGGACCAAAGGCAAGCCUCUACCCCACGAAAAUGGACUUCGGCUGGAUUACUACUGCUCUGGUGUGUGGUCGUGGUGGACUACCAUCAUGGUGGCACUCGGCCUCCACUUCUCCGGGCUCUUCAAAUUGUACCAGAUCAUCGAUGAAUUCGGUCCCCUCAUGUCCGUGGCAAUCAUUUCCGGCUUCAUGGUUUCCAUCGUGGCCUAUACCUCCGCCGUCUAUCGGGGCAAGCAGCAUCGCAUGACGGGUUCUCUCCCGUAUGAUUUCUUCAUGGGUGCGGAGCUCAAUCCACGCAUGUUUGGCAUCCUCGACUUCAAGAUGUUCUUCGAGGUCAGACUACCCUGGUACAUUCUGUUUCUGAUAACAUUGGGAACUGCCGCUCGACAACAUGAGCUACACGGGUACGUGUCUGGAGAAGUCGGAUUUCUCCUCAUGGCACAUUUCUUGUAUGCAAAUGCCUGCAGCAAGGGUGAAGAGUGUAUUGUCCCCACCUGGGACAUGUAUUAUGAGAAAUGGGGGUUCAUGCUCAUUUUCUGGAACCUUGCCGGUGUGCCCCUGACCUAUUGCCAUUGCACGGUUUACCUGGCAAACCACGCGCCGAGCACGUACGUUUGGAACAAAUAUGCCCUCGCUGUUUUGUACGUGGUAUAUUUGUUGGUCUACUGGGUGUGGGAUACCGCAAACAGCCAGAAGAAUCGCUUCCGAGCACAAGAGUUGGGAGAGGCCACCACUCGCAAGGCGUUUCCACAGCUGCCAUGGCAAACAGUUGAGAAUCCAAAAGUCAUUAGAUCAGAAGAUGGCGGCACUCUUCUUGCGGAUGGGUGGUAUGGCUACGCGCGAAAGAUCCAUUAUACCUGCGAUCUCUUCUUUGCCCUGUCUUGGGGGGCAGUGACAGGCCUGUCAUCACCCUUCCCAUGGUUUUACCCGGUCUUCUUCAGUGCCAUGAUCAUCCAUCGGGCCAUUCGAGACAUAGAACAUUGUCGAAAGAAGUACGGCCGGGCAUGGGAGGAGUAUGAGAGACAAGUGCCUUACCUAUUCGUCCCUGUAAGCGUCUAUCUUAUUGCAGUUGAGCCCGGGUACUGA